CAUGCGAAUCUGUUCUGUCAGUCCGUCAACUUUUCUCUUGAUGGUGUUUUUCUCUCAGCCAUGUUCGCCUGUCCGAGACCGAUUUUCCAUCUUUUAACAAAAAUUUGAGUCCAUUUCUCGGAAUCGGACACUAUGCCCAAGUGCGAUGCUAAAACUAGAUAUAUUCCGGCCACCUUCGCUUGGACUCUGCUCAUCGCAGCCACCACUUUGUUCUUCUACUAUCCAGCACAGUAUUAUCUUCCUCGACAUCCAUGGGUCCUUGCUUAUCAGGGGGUCAUUACAUUUUUUGUACUGGCCAAUUUUACCUUGGCUACGUUUAUGGAUCCAGGGAUCAUUCCAAAAGCUCCUCCUGAUGAAGAUCGAGACGACGAUUUUAGGGCUCCCCUGUAUAAAAACGCCGAAAUUAAUGGGAUAACUGUAAGGAUGAAAUGGUGUGUAACGUGUAAAUUUUACAGACCACCGAGAUGUUCACAUUGUAGUGUUUGCAAUCAUUGUAUAGAGACAUUUGACCAUCACUGCCCAUGGGUGAAUAACUGCAUCGGAAGAAGAAACUACCGAUUCUUCUUCUUUUUUCUCAUAUCUCUCAGCCUCCACAUGAUCAGCAUAUUUACUUUAAGCCUGAUCUAUGUGCUGCAGUACGGAAAGACGUUAUCGAAUACGGAACCAAUCAUAGCUAUGGUCUUGAUGGGAAUAGUGGCCGUUUUAUCGAUACCGAUAUUCGGUCUGACGGGCUUUCACAUGGUUCUGGUAUCGAGAGGUCGCACCACGAACGAACAAGUGACCGGGAAAUUCAAGGGCGGCUACAAUCCUUUCUCCAGGGGCUGUUGGCAUAACUGUUGUUACACGCAGUUCGGUCCCCAAUUUCCUAGUUUAAUUAAACCAUACAAGUACAAUGUGAAACGAAAACACUGCUCACACGGGCCUAUAGCUACGAUAACGAACGACAGUCAGGUGAAGACUUACAUGGACAAUAGCAACGGAGUGCGGAACAUCAAUUCCAACGCUUACAACAAGAUGUCGCCGGGCAGGGACGCCAUGGACAUGGACAUGGAACCUUCGGCCUCCCAGUCGCAGGACUGCGAACCGACGCCGCCCCUCCAGCGGCACGGCUCCAAGAGCAAUUUCUUCCUGCCGCCCGCGUCAAUGAGCGGCCCGACCAUGAUGGGCGGACCCAUGGCCGCCCAGAUGGGUCCCGACGACCAGUCGCCCGGCAGGCAUCUUAGGAACUUGCACUAUCCGCCGCGGGGAAGUCCUCAUCCCCGGCCGAGGGGCAUGGAAGGCGGCAGGGGCGGUACUCCUGAUAGUUUAGGUCCUCAAAGGGCUUCGCCCACGAUGCAGCAAAGAAUAAAAGCCCUGGGGGUUCCCACGCCCCUGGCCAUGUCUAGUCCAGUGCGAAGGUCCAACCCGAGCACGCCGACGCAGCCGCGCAGGCCAGACUUCAUAGGCGUGGUCUAUGCGCCGAACCAACCCACCGCCGGCAGCUACUACGAGUUCCAGCCGGCGGAGGCGGGACCCGUGGGAAGGGGGCCGGGUUCUCAAGGGCAGAACCACGUGCAGUACCACGGGGGCAGUCCGCAGCGGCGGUUCAUGUCGGAGGGGGAGCUGGUCAGGCAGGAGCAGCAGCUGAGCUAUCCGCGGUCGAACAACACGGUGGAUAAUAUCAGGGAGCUGGCCAAUUCGCCGCAGAGGGGCGUGUACAUGUGGAAGGACCAGUCGCCUGGUUAUCCGCCGUCGGCUCAACAGCCCGACUUUUACCGAUCGAACCCGACUAGUCCCACCCAGCAGCAGAUGUACGCUCCCCAGUCCACGACGCGAACUUAUCACCCCGCCAUGAGGGGCGGAGUCGCUGUGUACCCUCCCAGCCCCCAAAUACACAGAAAGUUGGGGGCUAGCACGCCCACAGUGGUGGCCGACAAUAGACGACGCCCCAUGUCAUUUGUUAGGGCUUUGGAGAUGUCAGAUAACGUGGACAUGUCUCCCCAGGGGUCGCAGUGUUCGUCGCAUCCGAUGACGCAACGACCGUCAACGCCGGACCGCACUAGCGUCUAUGAUAUGAACUACGAGAUUUCGGUAUAGGGCUGGCACGGGCACUCUUGUCGCAGGGACGAUUGAGUGCCUGAUUGCGAAGUUUCUCUGUAUCAGAGACACGACACCCUAGCGAUUUAGGACUAGGUUUUGUAUUCGUUCAUUGUUUUCUACUAACGAAGGUGAAAAGAGACCAGAAAAAUGUGAGAGACAGAGACGAUCUGUAUUCCACCGAUCACGUGGACAACCCGACUGUUAAUCUUAAGGAGGCAAAAAUACGAGCGCUCAACUAAGGUAGACAAUAGGAUUAAGGAAAAACACGAUUUGUUGGAAGGCAGAUCUAGAGAUGUAUCAUAAGAUGAAAAGUAGGAAGAAAUAUUAUAGUGGAGUAAAAAAUGACAAAUGGGAAAAAUAUUAAUAUUACGAAAGUCAUUUUGGAAAACUCUUUCUGUCUACUUUUUCUUCGGUAUGGUUUUUGGACGUGACUAUAGAAGUGUUGUGAACUGCUCCGAGUAGUUCAAUUGUCUCGACGAGUACUAAAAUUGCAGGGUAAAUGUAGUAAACAUUCCGUUUACUUAGUUUUAACCACAGACAUUAAAAAAUAUAUGUAGAUCAUAGAUAAAGGAAACAAGUUUAGAUUGGAAUGGCCGCCAAAACUUAUAAUUAUUGUUUUGGAGCGCAUA